AUGUCAUUAGCGCAAGCAACCAAAGGCGAUGUUGCCUACCAAGUGCGCUCUCUGUAUCGGUCGUUGUUACGCCAGAGCAACCAAUUCGCUGCCUAUAACUUCCGCGAAUACGCCAAACGGAGAACACGCGAUGCCUUUCGGGAUAACAAAGAUGUGAAAGAUGAGCGGGUCAUACAAGAAAUGGUACAAAAGGGCUUGAGUGAGCUACAAAUGUUGAAGAGGCAAACAGUCAUAAGCCAAUUCUACCAAAUUGAUCGCCUAGUCGUUGAGGGUGGCAAGGAGGGCAAGCAAAAGGGAGAUCGCAGCGAUAUCGUCAGAGUAAAAGACCAAGGGUGGGAUUAA